GUUCUGCAAAAAACAUUAGUAAUAGUGGUAAAACAACUACGAUUGCAUUAAAAGAAUCAGUAGCAGUGAAAUGUAAAAGUUAAUACACGGUUAAUGUUUCAAAAAAAUCAUGAAAUAUUCAGUUCCAAUAAAGUUACUAAUACUUAAAGUGUAUAAGCUCGUCCAUGAUAGUAUUAGACAAAUAGCGUUUUUAAUCAUUUAAAUUGUGAUGUGGCCAUAUUACGAGGUUUAACAGAAAAGUUAGCUAAUACUUUAUUCGAUAAACUACUUUAGUCCACUUAAAAGAAGAACACAGCAACAUAAAUCAUUCAAUUCUCCUAGCAAAAACUAAUUGCAGAAGUUGACUUUGUUCUAUAAAAUCAUUCAUUUAAUUGCUCGCUUAGGAAGAAGCUAACCCACAAAAUGAGCCACUGAUCAGCAUGGAUGACAUAAGACGUGCUGCUAGCAUCACACAAAUAAACUUCGCAGCUGUCACAGAAUGUCAAUGUCAAAGGGCAAAAUCCUCCCUCGCCAAUAUUUCCUCGGCCCCCCUUCUCUUUCCGAAAACUCCAACCAUGGCGGCCGGGGUACUUUACACUUAUCCGGAAAACUUCCGCGCUUAUAAAGCGUUGAUCGCCGCACAAUAUUCCGGGACUGAUGUGAAAGUAGCACCGAAUUUCGUAUUUGGCGAGACCAACAAGUCCGAAGACUUCUUGAAGAAGUUUCCUGCCGGAAAAGUGCCUGCAUUCGAAAGUGCCGAUGGAAAGGUGCUUCUAACUGAAAGCAAUGCCAUCGCUUACUACGUUGCCAAUGAAAGUCUCCGCGGAGGAGAUCUGGCUACCCAAGCCCGUGUCUGGCAGUGGGCAUCAUGGUCUGACAGCGAACUACUGCCUGCUUCCUGCGCUUGGGUCUUCCCUUACCUUGGUAUCAUGCAAUUCAACAAACAGAAUGUUGAACGUGCAAAGUCUGACCUACUGGCCGCCUUAAAAGUACUGGACGGACAUCUUCUCACACGCACCUUCCUUGUUACCGAGAGAAUCACACUUGCCGAUGUCAUUGUCUUCAGUACACUGCUGCAUGCUUUCCAGCACGUGCUAGACCCGAGCGUCCGUUCGUCGCUGAUAAACGUUCAGCGUUGGUUCCUGACCGUCGCCCACCAGCCGCAAGUGUCGGCCGUCGUCGGCUCGCUCACGCUCUGUGCGGCUCCUCCUACAUACGACCCUAAAAAGUACCAGGAGUUAGCUGGUGCACAGAACAAGAAGGAGGGCAAAAAAGAUAAGAAGUGUGAAAAGAAAGAGCAACCCAAGAAGAAGGAGGAAGUUGUUCCUGACCUUGAAGAGGAGGAGCUUGAAAAGCCUAAGGAGUCCAAGGACCCCUUCGACUCUAUGCCUAAAGGUACCUUCAACAUGGAUGAUUUCAAGCGUGUCUACUCCAACGAAGACGAAGCUAAAUCUAUUCCUUACUUCUGGGAGAAGUUUGACCCCGAGAACUAUUCCAUUUGGUAUGCUGAAUACAAAUACCCCGAGGAACUCGCUAAAGUGUUCAUGAGCUGUAACCUUAUUACGGGUAUGUUCCAGAGGUUAGACAAAAUGCGCAAACAGGCUUUCGCAUCCGUCUGCCUGUUUGGUGAAGACAACAAUUCCACCAUCUCUGGAGUGUGGGUGUGGCGCGGAAAGGAGCUCGUGUUCCCGCUGUCGUCUGAUUGGCAGGUGGACUACGAGUCCUACGACUGGAAGAAACUGGAUCCUUCGAGCGAGGAGACCAAGAAACUUGUCCAGGACUACUUCUCGUGGAACGGAACCGACAAAGACGGUAGAAAGUUCAACCAGGGCAAGAUAUUCAAGUGAAUGCCGACCAACGUCCAGCCAAUGUAUACACAUUUCAUACAAUAACUAUAAAAAACUUUACAAAAAAGAAACAUUCAAAUGUAAAUAGGUGGAUGUUGGCAAUUUUCGGAACUGUCCUCAAUUUAUACAAUUUUUAUUAAAACAUCAGUAAUAAAUGAUUUUCAAUCGCCGUGUAGUGCAGUGCCGAAAACGACGCGGCGUUGCAUGAAAAAAUGAUAAUACUUGCAUUUAUUCAGUGUCGUUCCCGUGAUCGAUAUCUCAUCUCAACAAGUCAAAUGUGUAAUUAAACAUGUUUUUUUUAUUUAUGAGUAAA